AUGGACGAGCGCAUUUACCACCUCUUCGGACACUUUAUCGACAGUUUGGACGGGCUCCGCGAGCAGUGGCAACUCGAAGAGACGGAGCGGAUGAUGGAGGAGUACGACACGGACACCGAGUACGAUCACCCACGCACUGAGGUACUUUUUUUUGGAAAAAAUUGAAAUUGAUUUGUGAUUUUGAUUCCAAUCUAAAGAAUUUUCAGCACGACUUAUUCUCGGAUUCGCUCGACACGACAGUGCUGGAAUGGGGACAACCGGUGUCCCGUCAUCAGACUAUCGAGAAGCUCGACUCCUUUUUGACGGUGAGCAAUUGUAACAAGAAAACCGAUAAGUUUUGUGUUUCAGAACGAUGAAACGGAACUUUCGGUGCUGCCGACGGCUCUGGAGCAAACGACGCCGCGCCUUUCGGAAGAAUCCAAGCCAUCGUCACCGUCGAUAUUCACAAAGUACCCGCAUUGGCUGCCUUCGAUCUCGCGGAGCCCGAGUGCCCAGUGCAUUUGCUUCAAUUGUUGGAACGGCGGGAAGACGUGGAAGUCGCCGGACGAGGAACUCGCGAAGAGGAAGAUGAUGGUCGCGGAGCAGCAGUUGGAGGAGCACGGUGUUGCGGAAAAGCAGUCGCUCGUCUCCUCGAUCUCUUCGACGGGCUCGCCGGUCUCGUCGGAUCCCUCUUUUCUCUCGGAGCACAUUCGAACAUUGCGCGCCGAAAACGAGCUGCUCCGUCGGCGAAUUCGUCUUCAGGAGCAGAUUGUCGACAAAUUUUCCGAGCUAGAAAAAAUGUUCCGCAAAAGGGAGAAGCGAUCGGAAAACUGA